AUGUCUUCUCGUUCGCCGUCUAUCGAUUCUAAUCCACCUCUUAACAAUCAAAAAAUUUCUACAACUUCUUCUCCAUCAUCACCAACAACAACUACGGAAUCAUCGUUUAUAAAUGAUUUUUUUCAACGAAGCUUAACAUUACCACAAACAAAAGUUGGCCUAGGAUCAACUGAAGGCGAUUUAUUUGUACUUGUUAAACGAUAUUUAGAAAUUGUUGGCCUCGUUUUUUUCGUUUGGUUAUUAGGUUAUUUUCAUUUUAGUGUCUCGUGGAUAUUACUUAUUGUUUUAAUUUAUUUAUUACGUCAAAGACAACGAAAUUUAUUUAAACAAAGUCAAAAAAUGUUACAAACCAUAAAUAGUGAUGAAAAUGAAAAAAAUUAUAUUCGAGCAAGUUUAGAUGAUUUACCAUCAUGGGUAUUUUUUCCAGAUGUUGAACGGGCCGAAUGGGUUAAUAAAAUAAUUAAACAAGCAUGGCCCUAUUGUAAACAAUUUUUAAGAACACAAAUAUUUGAUCAAGUUGUGAUACCGUUAGUAAGAGGUGCUAGUCCAGCAUUAAAUGAUUUUGAAUUUCAUGAAUUGGAUUUAGGAGAUAAUCCUCCUCGUUUAGGUGGCAUCAAAGUGUAUACAGAUAAUAUAAGAGAUCAAAUUAUGAUGGAUAUGGAAGUAUUAUAUGCUGGUGAUGCGGUGAUUAAAGCAAAAAUGAAACAAAUUGUUUGCGGUGUUAAAAAUAUUCAGUUUUGUGGUGAUUUACGUGUCAUUUUCAGUCCACUUAUUCACGAAAUUCCAUUAGUUGGAGCAGUGACAUACUUCUUUUUAAGAACACCAAGUAUCCAUUUUAAAUUGACUGAUGCUGGUUCAUUAGUAGAUUUACCUGGAUUAAAUGAUACAAUGUUAGCUGUGAUAAAUGAUAUUGUUCGAAGUAUGAUGGUGCUACCAAAUCGUCAAGUAUUUCCACUCGUUACACAUAUCUCAGUAGGACAUCUAACAUCAUCAAAUCCACAGGGUGUUGUUCGUGUGUAUAUACUCAAAGCUCGAGAUCUUAUUAAAGCUGAUAUCAAUUUUAUGGGAAGGGGAAAAUCAGAUCCAUUCGUUAAAGUAACAGCUGGUGGUAAUUUUGAAUACAAAACAAAGACAAUAAAUAAUACAACAGAUCCAGAAUGGAAUGAAGUAGAGCAAACUGAAAGUGAUCAUAUUCGAUUUGAUGUGUUUGAUGAAGAUCCUGGAAAAAAUGAUUUCAUCGGAAUUGCUAAUUUUCCUGUAAAAUCUGUUGUUGAACAAGGAACCGUGGAAACUUGGUUAACAUUGAAAGAAGUGAAAAAAGGCAGUAUUUUUGUUCGAUUUCAAUAUUUUUCUUUAACAACAUCAAAAGCAGCAUUAGAAAAAAUGGAUGAUUUUAAUCGUAAUCAGUUAAAAGAAGAAAAAUUAUCAAAAGCAUUAUUAGUACUUUAUAUUGAUGGUUGUUCAAAUUUACCUUCAUCAAAAAAACAUCGUCAUAGUCAAGAACCAAAUCCAUGGUGUGAAAUUAUUGUAGAUAAUUUCAAAGAUAAAACUAUAACAUUAGAACGUUCAACAAAUCCAAAAUUUAAUCAUAUAUCACAAAUAUUGUUAACAGAACCUAGUCAUCAAUUACUACAAAUUAAUGUUCGAGAUGCUAAAAAUAAUAAUGAUAUAUUGGCCUAUGUUCAAUUUUCAAUUAAACAAUUAUAUGAUCAAGAUACCAUGUGUGAAACAAGAGCAUUUCCAUUAAAAUCACAUACAGGACCAAUUGAAUAUUGUACAGUUACAUUAAGAUUAUGUCUAUUUAUUUUAGCUCCUGGUCAGACAAAUGAACGUAUAAGUCCACCACAUUCUACACCAUCUGGUAGUCAAAAAUCACUUUCCGUUUCUCCUACCGAUUCAACUCAUCAAUCAAUUUUAACGGCUGGUAUUGUUCAAAAAAAUAUAAACACUGAUAGAACAAUUCCAUCUCAAAAACCAUCGGAACUAGUAUCAUCAUCAACACAAGACAGUGAUCUACAGCAACAACCAAUCUCACCACGAUCGCUUGUUGAUGGACUAAAAUAUAAGCUUCAAGCUCCCGAACUUUAUCAAAAAGAAAGUUCAAAUUCAGAUUUAAGUUCUUUAAUGACGAACAAAACGUCUAUAAAACUGUUAUCAUCCGAUGAUGAUCCUGAAAAUUUAAUUGGUGUUCAUGAUCAAAAUCUACCGGAUCCAUAUGUUCGACUCUUCUUAGUACCCGAUCAUAAAAAAGAGAAGAAAAAAACAAAAUCUGUACGUGAUAAUCUCAAUCCCUCAUAUGAAGAAUCAUUUGAAUGGAAUGGUUCAUUAAAUGAAAUUCAAACACAAAAAUUACAAAUUAGUAUUAAGAAUAAUUCCCCACUAUUUGCCAAAGAAGAAACGUAUAUGGGAGAACUUCAAAUUGAUUUAUCAAAUCUUGAUCCUCAACGUAUAUCUCAUGCCUGGUAUUCAUUACAAGAGCCUAAAACAUCGGCAGCCGCUCCUAUUACUUUAAAAUAUCAGUUAUCUACACAAAAUAAUGAUUUAAUUGAUUCAAAUAGUUUUUCAUGA